UCAAUUUUUAAGCACUUUCCAUGAAAUAAAACGUGUGUGACUGAUAUUUAUAUUAAAGCUUCGGCUUAUAUCUUUCAUUUAAAAAAGUUUCAAGAAAAAUGGUUGAGACAAGAAAAAGUUCUGACAAAUUGAAAAUAUUAACUAUCGAAGCCUUUCAUUCUCAGAGAAAGUUGACAACAUUUUUGAAAUGGCACAAAAAGCAGGUCUUCAACUCUUGAAAAUUAAACCCUAAUUUUUAUCAAUCCGAUUUGUA